AUGCUCCUCGCCCCUGAGGGUGACCCCGACGCCCUUGACAUUCCGACUCCUCGCACUUAUGCUGAGGCAGUGUCAGGGCCUUGGGCCUCUCAGUGGAGAGCUGCCAUGGACGCAGAGAUGGCCUCCUACAGAUCCACAGGCACCUACGUCGAUGAGGUUCCCCCUCCGGGGGCGAACGUAGUCGACGGCAUGUGGAUCUACAGGGUGAAGCGGCCACCGGGAUCUCCUCCGGUCUUCAAGGCGCGCUACGUGGCUAGAGGUUUCAGUCAGCGCGAGGGAGUUGACUUCUUUCAGACCUUCGCGCCCACCCCGAAGAUGACCACUCUUCGGGUGUUACUACACGUAGCAGCACAGAGAGACUACGAGUUACACUCUCUCGACUUCUCUACUGCUUUCCUUCAGGGCAGUCUUCACGAGGAGGUCUGGUUGCGUCGUCCCUCUGCCUUCACUGGCUCUUUCCCUCCUGGGACCCAGUGGAGGCUGAGGCGACCGGUUUACGGACUUCGUCAGGCUCCUCGUGAGUGGCACGACACCCUGCGUUCUACCCUGUCUGACCUUGGGUUCCAGCCGUCUUCUGCUGACCCGUCGCUGUUCGUUCGUCGUGGCCCCACACCUUUCUUUGUUCUGGUCUACGUUGACGACCUUGUUUUCGCCACCCCUGACAGGGUUGCUUUGGCACACGUGAAGUCCGAACUGCAGAAGAGACACACCUGCACUGAUCUUGGUGAGCUGCGCCACUACCUUGGCCUGCAGAUCACCAGGGACAGAGCUGCUCGCACCAUUACACUUUCACAGUCGCACAUGGUGCAGCAGGUCCUUCAGCGGUUCGGGCUUCAGCACUCCACAGUACAGCGCACACCUCUUGCUGUUGACCACAGACUCACUGGACCCUUUCCUGACGAGCCGUUCGAGCCUAGUGGUCCCUACGCAGAGCUUGUGGGUUGCCUCAUGUACCUGAUGACUUGUACUCGCCCGGACCUCGCCUUCCCUCUCAGCGUUCUUGCGCGCUUUGUUGCGCCAGGGAGACACCGUCCUGUUCACUGGACAGCAGCUGUGAGGGUGGCGAAGUACCUAGCGACGACGUCAGGCGUGGGGCUAGUUCUUGGAGGGCAGCAGUCUGUCGUACUUACUGGUCACUGUGACUCCUCUUACGCUGACGACGCUGAGACUCACAGGUCUACUCAGGGGUACUGUUUCAGCCUGGGUUCUGGAGCUGUUUCCUGGCGGUCCACGCGCUCCUCUUCGGUCUCGACCUCUACAGCUGAGGCUGAGAUCUACGCUGGUGCCAUGGCGGCACAGGAGCUGCGUUGGUUGACCUUCUUGCUCACCGACCUUGGUGAGCGGCCGAGCUCUGCACCGACCUUGUUCACUGACAACAAGGCGUCUAUUCUCCUUUGUCGAGAGCCACGACUGGAGAGCAGAGUGAAGCACAUUCACGUCAGGUACUUUCUUCUGCGAGAGUUGCAGAGGCGUGGACAGGCUCGCUUUGAGUUUGUGGAGUCCGAGGCCAACACUGCAGACAUCUUCACCAAGGCGCUUCCGCCUUGUGACCACCAGAGGUGCUGUGUGCAGUUAGGCCUUGUUGACACUGGUUCUCGUGUUGCUUAG